GCGAGAGAGCCCUUAUAUACAUAUACGCCCACACGCACCUGCCUGCGAUGAUGAUAAGGAAAACUUGAACGGGUCGACCAGGCGACGGAUGCGUCGUGAUCCAGCCGUUUCAAGAGACAAUACCCAAGGUUUAUCGCUGAUGUCCCAGUUCGAGGAAGCGCGUUCAGUUUAACCUUUUGAAAACGCUGCACUCCUGACUUACGUUUGUCAUCAUGCAGGAUACUAUUAGUUGUAUUAUUAUUGAGAGUAGCCGCGAAACUUCGUCUAUGGUCACUCGGUGCCUUUGUUGAUAUUGAGAGCUGCUCCGUUUUGUAACGCUCUUUUCCAUAAGGCAUUUGUAUUGAUAAUCGCUGACACUUGAAAAUCAGCAAAAUGUUCAGAGACCUACCAAAACUUGUGAUCGAAGAUCCAUCAGCACCAUCGAUAGCAUUCGUUGCUAAUAUUCGGAUGGAAGAUCUGUAUGAAAAACUCAAGCUGCUCAACUAUGACGCUGAAUUUAUUCAAGAAUUAAAGAUGAAACAUAUCAACAGGCAUUACUUUGUUGUACCAACAAAUCCAGGAGAACAGUUUUACAUGUUCACAUCUUUGGCUGCUUGGUUAAUAAGAAAAGCUGGAAAAAAAUUUGAUCCCCCACAAGAGUCUGAUGAUCCAAAUUCAACUAUCUCAGAUAUCUUGGAAGUUUUAAAGGAAAUCGACGUGCCCGUAGAAUUCCCUCCAAACAAAUUGAAACAAGGGGUUGGAGAGCAGGCUGUUUAUGUGCUUGACAAUCUUGCUGAUUAUGCCAUGAAAUUUUUGAAGUUCAAAUGGGAAAAACCAAAAAUUUUACCAGACGAAUCCAUAGCUGAAGCAGAAGUUGAAGACGACGCAGAGAUCAUACUAGAAAAAGUCGAGGAAGAAAUAACAGCUGAAUAUGAUGAGGACGACGAAGACAUUGUUCAUGUUGAUGAUAUAACAAAAUUAUACAAAGAAUCUUCAGCUAAUACUCAAAAGAGAGAAAAAAUCUUGGAAUCAACGAUGGAUGCAGAAGAAUGGAAAUUAGAGUUAGAACGUGUUUUGCCACAGCUAAAGUUAUCCAUUGACGCUGAUACUCGAGACUGGAAGGCACACCUUGAACAAAUGAAAGCCUUGCAUGCAGGUAUGGGACAAAAUUUAUCAGGAACAAAGGGCCAGCUAGAAAAGCUACAUGCAGACAUUGGCAGAGCACUAGACAAAAUCAAUUCUAGAGAAACAGAGCUCAAUCGCCAACUAGAGCCACAACUACAAGAAUUAAGGAUUCUACAGGAAGAACUUUCAAAAGUCAAAGAACAAUACAGAGAUGUUAGUGGAGGAGUAACAGAACGCACUAGGACCUUGAACAAACUCACGGAAGAGUUGGAACAAGUCAAGAAAGAAAUGGAUGAAAGAGGCUCAAGUAUGACGGAUGGAACUCCGUUGAUCAAUAUAAAAAAGACAAUAGCCAACAUGAAAAGCGAAAUUUCGGAAAUGAGUAUACGAAUCGGAGUUCUGGAGUACAGUCUGAUGUGUUCGAGAGUGCGGGACAGUGCUCAACUGCGAGAGGACAUGAAAAGCACGAACAGCACUGUUUCAACUUGAUAAAACCCUCAAACACGCGUGUCUCAAUCAAUCAACUAUUUGUAAAAUCUGUUAUAUAUUUGUACCAUUUUGCAAGUCUGUUCUAGUCAAUUUUUUUUGUACAUACAUACAUUUGUGGCACUGAUACAUGAUACUGAAAAGAAAGUCUAGUUUAUUCACUACGUGUGAGA